CACGACACAGCUGUUUGGGUGGCUUUGUUUUCAUUAAUGUUGUUGGUAGCAUUCUUCAUUUUAAUUACUGCUGUGUAGUGUUCUUUGUUCUAGAUGACUGUUGUGCGACUAGUGCACUACAGCCAUUUGAAAAAGUUCGUCUCAUAAGCUCUUGAGCGUUUUAUAUUGAUGUCAAAAAGCAGACCAGUGAUAAUAGACGUCAGAGAUUUGUAAGGAUCCCGUUCGAAGAGAUAUGAUCGACACAACGAUGAAAUUCAGCAAAUGUGCCUAUUGUUUUAUACUUCCUCGUCAAAAUCUCAUUUAAAUCUCAGAUUAAUUCUAUUUUUCUUUUUUUCACACUGUUCCGCCGAGUCUCUUUCGCCUCUUUUUUCCAUUAAUGCAGACGCCGUAGAACCGAACAAUAGCAUUAACUUAUAAAUAUCGAUUUCGAUUAACAGACAGAACAAUGAUUGAUAUCCGCAAGGAAACUGUUUGGCCAACAACGUCACCAAGGUCAUCCAACUCGUCCUCUUCGUCUUUGGAAAUAAGUGACGACCGCUCAUUCCCACCUGAACUAUUGCAAUCGCUCAAACAGCAUUCACUUUUUCAACGUGCCAAGAAUGAGAGUUUUUUAGAGAAAAUUGCUUGCUGUAUGCAUCUCAGAACUUACAGUCCUCGUGAUGUUAUUAUUGUUGAAGGAGAGCCAGCAAAAGCCAUGUUUUUCCUUUUGAGAGGAUCAGUUGACGUGUGCAGCAAAGAUUAUGAAAGAAUUUAUGCAACCUUACCUAAGGGAUCCUGCUUUGGAGAGAUCGGCAUUUUAUACUCUAUGCCGAGAACAGCUACUGUUAUUGCCAGUACAAAAUGUAUUGUCGCUUCAUUGACAGCCGAUGAAGUAAACAGUAUUCUUCCUCAAUAUCCGGAAGUUGAAAAGGUUCUUCGAUUUGAGGCAGAAGAACGCUUGACACUGUUAAGAAAAAGCAAGAAUUUAAAUGAUGCAGACAAAGUAACCCAAAAGCCUUUGACUGAACGAAACGUUGAGGAUUUCAGAAGCGCUAAUAAUCUUCUACAAACGAUUCCUUAUUUCCAAAAUUGUCCAGAAGAAUUUCUGCAUUCGGUGUCACUAAAAGUUGAACCGCGCCACUAUGCUCCGAACGAUUUGAUUCUGAGAAAAGGUGAACAAGGGAAUGAGUUAUUCUUUAUCAUUAAUGGCACCGUUGAGAUAGCAAAUAUUGACAGUGCUAUCAAUGAUCCCUUCACUCCAGUGGCACGACUCUCUGCAGGAGACUAUUUUGGAGAUAUAUCUGUCUUACUGAAUGCUCCUCGUCCCGCCGAUGUCAAAGCUGUGACUCCCAUAGAGUUGUAUGUACUCAAUAAAACUGAUUUUAUUGAUGUCAUUAGUCGCUUUCCAAACCUUCAAAAUCACUUGAAAACAAUGGCAGAGACUUCUUUGAACAACUUGAGACAGAAGAAAAGUGGUUUAGAAAAAGGUACCGUCUUCAUAUUGCCAGUAUCGCCUAUUAUACCAACACAAUCAUCUGCUGAAAUAACAUCAACCUCGGUGGCUGGUCCUGUCAUUACAUUAGAUUCAAUAUGUAGUACAACCAGUGACCAAGAUCCAACUUUAUUACCCCCAACGACUGUCACUAAUGUCUUGAAACAAACAGAGACUAGGAGGAGACGGGCGAGUGUAGCUAUCUGGUCAGACCCACAUCUGGUUGCCCUCGCCAAUAAAAACCUAAAAACUAAACACGAUGAGCUUGAAAAGUCCAGUCUCAAGGAAGACAUUGUUAUUAACGACGAAAUCAUGCAGCCUGCCAGAAUUGCCGGCGACGGUUGUUUGGAACUAUUUCAUGAAGAUAUUCUAGCUAUUAUUAUCAACUACUUGGAUUUUUUGUCCAUUCUUCGCUUCUCUACAGUUUCAAAACGAUGCCGUGAAUUUAUUCGUCACUCACAUAAAAUUCUACAGCAUGUAGAUCUUGCGCCACUGCACAAGCUGAUCACAGAUAAUGCUGCCAAAGCUAUUGCUGAAGUUGUAGGCAACCGUCCACGCAGACUUUCCUUGUCGCAAUGUUUCUAUAUUACUGAUGAUGGCUUUGAAAAUAUGAUCAAAGACAUGAAAAAUGUGGAGGCGAUGGAUUUGAACUCUUGUUGGCUUUUGACGGAUAGGAGUCUUAACCGCUUGGCAGAAGCUUGUCCGCACUUAACGAAACUUGACCUGUCCAAUUGUCGAAAAAUCAGCGAUAUUGGUAUAUUCAAACUGUUAGACAGAAAAGCUGCAUACAACUACCCACAACUUGAAGAGCUACGUUUAUCCUAUUGUAAAAAAUUAACAGAUAUGGCUAUGGGGCAUCUCGUCGAAUUUUGCUCACAGACAUUGCGAUCUCUCAAUAUACAACGUUGUACGCGGAUCACUGAUCAAGGAUUCAAGAAAUGGGCCGAUAGUACAGCACCAUUUUCCUCACUACAAUAUUUGAAUUUAACUGAUUGCAGCUUUUUAACAGAUCAAGCCGUUGCAUAUCUUGUUGCCGCAGCACCAAACCUGAAAGACCUGUCACUCAGCUUCUGUUGCGCCUUAUCAGAUAGAGCCAUCGAGAGUUUAAUAUCUUUACCUCAACUAACCUCUCUAGAUGCAAGUUUUUGUGGAGCAGCCAUUUCUGAUAUUUCGAUCAAACAACUACUCAGUUCUAUUUCCAUACAGAAUCUUAGUUCAUUGAACCUGAGAGGAUGUGUUCGUAUAACAGAUUUGUGCAUUGAAACCAUACUCAAUUCUGUACAUAUCAAUCAACUUAAUAUCAGUCAGUGUCCCGGCAUCAGUUUAGAGGCCAAACGCCUUAUCCAAGGUUCAAACAUUAUCAAACAACUUGUAGUAUAAUAGCUUGCAUCUAGGUUGGAGUUAGCAGACGUUUAUGUAGAAUUCUUUUUGUAAAUAUAUCUAUAGUGAUAUGCCUUAAUGGGAUUAUCAUUUUGUUCUCUCGUUACGAACAACUCAGCAUUUAUUGUUGGCAAGUCGUAGGUGGUACAUAGUUAUUUUUUCUUUUUUCUCUUUUUGGUGUAUUUUUUCUGCUUUGAAUUAAAUGAAUGUAUAAUAUAUUGUUUGCAAAUACUUUAUUUUAAAACUAACAAUAAAUAAAAAAUGUAAACUAUGAAGCAAUAAGAAGGGAGUAGUUAGUCUGUACAGUAUGUCUGAGGGUAAUUAUACUAUAGACGGCUUGUUAGUAAGAAGCAACCGAGCCAACAGAUUCUCGUCUUCGCGCUC